GUCUCCUCAUCGAUAUCAGUUCAACUCUUGAUUUCAACAUUAACAACAAGGUUUAUCGCAGAUUUCAACAUGCGGGCGCUAAUACUAGUUUUCUUCAUGAUCACUGUGACAGCCAUCUGGGGACAUCGGUAUAAAAUUCGUCGACAUUCAAGGCAAUCACGGUAUAACAUUCGUCGACAUUCAAAGCCAUCAAUUCAUACAACCUGUGAUGUGAUAAAACGGAGAGGCAUUUGCCUUUUCUACGAUCAGUUUAAGCAAUUUGUCAACAUCAAGCGGCUGAACCGAAAAUGCUGCAGUGACAGCGAUGCAUUGAAAACGGCUUAUAUUGUAACAAAGAAUGGAGACAAAAUUGUUAAGACUUGUAAUGGAUUUUUCACGCCAAUGGAAUUUGAUACUUGUGCAAUAAAAGGAGAAAACUUCUGCCCGAAAUGCUGUAAAGUAAAUCUCUGUGAUGUAGACAACCCCUGUUUAAAUAGUGGCACGUGUGUUCCAUCAGAAGGUGGUGUGAGUUGUAGCUGUCCUCCUACAUUUCCAGGAAUCUAUUGCGAGAAGAUUGAUUGUAAUUUUGACGAGAAUUACUGUACAUGGAAACAGUCGUGGGACAAUUCUCUUUAUUGGAUAAGACGCAAAGGCCAAACACCUACAGAGAACACAGGACCACAAAAUGAUCACACAGGCGAUGGAUCAUACAUAUAUAUCGAAGCAUCCGUGGGACACCCAAAUCAGACAGGGAUGAUAGAGAGUCCAGAAAUUAUCCAAUCUACAGCUACACAAUGUUUGUCGUUCUGGUAUCAUAUGUUUGGAAAAGAUAUGGGUGAUCUCAACGUGUAUAUCAAAACAAAUCAGACAGGAUUGGGGGAUGCCGUAUGGACAAGAGGUGGUAACCAGGGUAAUGUUUGGAAACGAGGCUAUGUAAAUCUUUCACAGAUACCAUUUUUAUAUUCGAUUGUAUUUGAAGGAAUUAGAGGAUCUGACAUUAAAUCAGAUAUAGCUCUAGAUGAUAUUACAUUUGUUGAGGGAGUAUGUCAAGUAAAUCUCUGUGAUGUAAACCAGCCCUGUUUAAAUAAUGGUACGUGUGUUCCAUCAGAAGGUGGUGUGAGUUGUAGCUGUCCUCCUACAUUUCCAGGAAUCUAUUGCGAGAAGAUUGAUUGUAAUUUUGAUGAAAGUUACUGUGGGUGGAAACAGUUGCCCGACGAUAUUUUUGAUUGGACAAGAAAUAAAGGCCCAACAAAUUCAGAAAGGACAGGACCACCAAAUGAUCAUACAGGAAAUGGAUCAUACAUAUAUAUCGAAGCAUCAAACCAAGUAGAAAAUGAUAAAGCGAGAAUAGAGAGUCCAGAAAUUAUCCAAUCUACAUCUACACAAUGUUUGUCGUUCUGGUAUCAUAUGUAUGGAGAGGAUAUGGGUGAUCUCAACGUGUAUAUCAAAACAAAUCAGACGGGAUUGGGGGAUGCCGUAUUUACAAGAGCUGGUGACCAGGGUAAUGUUUGGAAACGAAGCUAUGUAAAUGUUUCACAAAUAUCAUCUGCAUAUUCGAUUGUAUUUGAAGGAGUUAGAGGAUCGGACGUUGAAUCAGAUAUAGCUAUAGAUGAUGUUACACUUGUCGAGGGAGGAUGUCAAGUAAAUCUCUGUGAUGUAGACAACCCCUGUUUAAAUAAUGGUACGUGUGUUCCAUCAGAAGGUGGUGUGAGUUGUAGCUGUCCUCCUACAUUUCCAGGAAUCUAUUGCGAGAAGAUUGAUUGUAAUUUUGAUGAAAGUUACUGUGGAUGGAAACAGUCGUCCGACGAUAUUUUUGAUUGGACAAGAAAUAAUGGCCCAACAAAUUCAGGAAGGACAGGACCACCAAAUGAUCAUACAGGAGGUGGAUCAUACAUAUAUAUCGAAGCAUCAAACCAAGUAGAAAAUGAUAAAGCGAGAAUAGAGAGUCCAGAAAUUAUCCAGCCUACAUCUACACAAUGUUUGUCGUUCUGGUAUCAUAUGUAUGGAAACACUAUGGGUGAUCUCAACGUGUAUAUCAAAACAAAUCAGGCGGGAUUGGGGGAUGCCGUAUUUACAAGAGCUGGUGACAUGGGGGAUGUUUGGAAACAAGGCUAUAUAAAUCUUUCACAAAUACCAUCUUCAUAUUCGAUUGUAUUUGAAGGAGUUAGCGGAUCUGACAUAAGAUCAGAUAUAGCUAUAGAUGAUGUUACACUUGUCCAGGGAGACUGUCCAGGAGUUUAACCUUGGGAAGAUUGGCUGCGUUAACGACAUAGUCUGCAUCGCUAUUCUGAUUCUGUAUACAUAUGGAGAUAUUACUUUGCUACUCUGGUUAUUAUGUAUAGAGAAAUCCCUUCCAUAUUUGCUUUAUUUUGUAUCAUUAUUAUUAUUAUUAUACGGAGACGCCCCUUUGCUAUUUGGGUUAUUAUUAUUAUUAUUAUUAUCGCUUGGCUAUUUGGGUUAUUUUUGCUCUUAUUAUUAUUAUUAUUAUUAUUAUUAUUGUAUGGAGAAAUCCAUUCGGUAUUUGAUUUAUUAUUAUUAUUAUUAUAUGGAGAAAUCUCUUCGUUAUUUGGGUUAUUAUUAUAUGGAGAAGUCACUUCGCUAUUUGGGUUAUUUUGAAAUAUGAAGAAAUUACUUCGUUUUUCGGUUAUUAUUAUUAUUAUUAUUAUUAUUAUAUGGAGAAAUCUCUUUGUUAUUUGGGUUAUUAUUAUUAUUAUUAUUAUUAUUAUAUGGAGAAAUCUCUUUGCUAUUUGGGUUAUUAUUAUUAUUAUUAUACUGGGAAGUCACUGUUUUUUUGAUAUAUUUAAACGUCACUAUUCUCUUUGGGUAUUAAUACAUGGAUAAUUUACAAAAUUCUCUUCAAUUUUGAUUAUUCAAUGUUUUCAACCUCCGGGUUAAAGGGCUACAUAGAAAAGGUCAAUAUGUAAGUGGGCUAUUAUAAGACAUAUAGAACAGAAUUUAUUAACGUAAAUAUUUCAAAAGAUAAAUCUUACUAGCAAUUAUAAGAUGGGAAUACAAUAAAGAUUGGCCUGACGGGUUGUAAUCCCCUUUGUGCAAACUGAUCUACACUGAUAAGUGACAUAGUAAGCUUUCAUGUUUGGGCUUUGGAAAAUUUAUAUGUAAAAUGGAUUAUAUUUUACAACAAUAAAGAAGUUGGUUCAUACUGGACAAAAUUAGUUUAUUAGUUAUGACGACUCAGACAGUAAUAUAAUAAUAUCGCAAAGUGUAACAAUUAAUAAUAUAGUGUAAUAUUGUGGUGUAUUACACGAAUGCAAUUGUCAUGAAAUGGAAAUAAUACAAGUUUUAAAACUGUAUUCUGCUCACACUGUAUUCUGCAAAUAUUAUCCCUACCCUGGGUCGUGAUUUAAUAAGUGGUUGAGUAUUUCAACUGAGAGACAAUAUUAAUAUAUCGUUAUUCCAGAUUCUGUUACAUUUAAUACAAGACACCAUAAAAUGUACCGUGUUGUUAUUUCGUUGUUAUUUUGUUAGUUCUGUCUUAUAAAAUUCGGUAUAUCUUUUGGUAAGAAUAGAAUAUUUGUAUCUCUUUUUGUAUCUCUCUCAUGAAACAGUUGUUGUUAUUAUUGACACUAGCCACCAGAAGCAGAAAUUAACUACCUUUUGUUUCUGUAACAAAGCUCCAAUUUUCAUUAGCCCGCUUGACGUUUAACCCAUUUAAUUCAAUUUCAUUUUGUUUUGUAACAGAACAUCUUAUCUUAAAUGCAAACAAAUAAUAUUAAAAAUAUGUACUGGUGUAUUGCAUGAUUUGGACUAUAUGAUUGUACAAUUCAAUUGGCCACUUUUACCCGUGUUAAAAGUAAACAAGAUUUGACAGUAAACCUCACAAUGAAAAGAACGCAU